AUGCCUUCAAAAACAGAAGGUCGGAAAAAGCCACAGCUCGGCAGCGAAGAUCUGGUCCCCUUCGACCAUGCUGCUGCGGGACACGAGGGUGUUCGCUGUACGCCCUCAGGUGCGCUGAUCGCGAAACCAUGCACCCGACAGGAGAUUGAAUUCUACGAAUCCAGCGCGCUCCACCCCGCCUUCCAGGAAUUCAUGCCCCUUUACGUCGGAUCGCUCUCAUCUUCUGGGCAACAACAACCGCUGGUAAUUGCUGCUGCUCAAGAGUCCGGCGCAGUCUUUCUCCCGGAGUCCAGUGAUCCAGACGCCAAUUCCUCUCACCCUAGCCAACCGCCAUCGGACCCUGCCGUAGCGCACCAAGCCGCUUCCCCUGCGAAAGUGGAAGCAGCAUGGGUACCCUCUGGGGGCAAGGAACUUGAUACUGGUUUAUCUAUCGUGCUGGAAAAUAUCGCCUGUGGGUUCCGCCGGCCAAAUGUGCUGGAUGUGAAGCUCGGCGCGCGGUUGUGGGCCGACGAUGCGCCGCUCGAGAAGCGGGCCAAGCUUGAUGUUGUCUCUCAAGAAACUACCAGCGGGAGCCUUGGAUAUCGCAUCGCGGGUAUGAAAGUUUGGACUGGCCACAACGGAGAAACCGAUGCCGGCACCCGAACAGAUCCGUAUGAUACAAAGCACGAAGGCGCAGAAGGCAAAAAGGGCGAGGUCAUCGAAAAGGAUGGCUAUCGGCGGUACGACAAGUGGUAUGGCCGCUCUUUCAACAAGGAUAAUGUCAAGCAAGGGUUUGAGACCUUCCUUGCUGGCGCGAAAGUGGGCGAAAUAGAUCGAUCCAAGGCAAUCGCUAAGCGAUUGGCAGAAGAACUGAAAAAUCUUCAGCAGGUCAUUGAGUCUGAGGAGAGCCGGAUGUACUCUGCGAGCGUGUUGGUUGUCUACGAAGGAGAUCCAGAGGCAAUGGAGCUUGCAAUUGAGGAGGAACAGAAAGCCCCAGCACCUGGUUCUCGUGAGGAGGAAGAAGAUGAUGAGGAGUUUGAGAUACCCGAAGAGGCUCUGGAGCUAGUCGAUGUCCAGCUUGGUGCUGGGAUGCCUCAACAGGCUAUCAAUAUCAACAUUGACCCUCAAGCCAUGCAAAUGUCCGCCGUGGAGGAGGAAGAUGAGGAGGAUGACCCACCUAAGGUCCACGCGCUGCGCUUAAUCGACUUUGCACAUGCCCAGUGGACACCUGGUCAGGGACCUGAUGAGAACAUCCUCCAAGGCGUGCGCAGUCUCGUCAAACUCUUCGAGGAACUGGCAGAGUGA